CAGAUUGUGGCCUUGCUGCACUCAACACCAAGGAGCAAACCAGGAUUGUUGGAGGUCAGACAGGGGCUCCGGGGGCCUGGCCCUGGCAUGCCUACCUGUUGAUCCCAAUCAACAGUACCAGCUCUACUCUCUGUGGGGGGUCUCUGAUCAGCAACCAGUGGGUCCUGACCGCCGCUCACUGCUUUAAAACCUCCGCCUCYAAAGGAGUGACAAUUUACCUCGGGCGGCAAAACGUAAAUGGCUUCAAUCCCAACGAGCAGCAGUUCACAGCAUCACAGGUCAUCGUUCAUCCGAACUACAACAGCAAUUCGAAUGACAACGACGUGACCCUGCUGCAGCUGUCCUCCACCGUGACCUUCAACAAAUACAUCAGUCCUGUUUGUCUGGCUACAGCGGACAGCGUCUUCCCAGCAGGCCUGAACAGCUGGGUCACCGGUUUUGGAACCACCAGUAGCGGCGGGGGACUCCGGCGGUCCGUUGGUCAGUAAAAAUGGCACCAGAUGGGUCCAGGCUGGAGUUGUUAGUUUUGGAGACGGCUGUGCCCAACCGAAUAUGCCAGGAGUCUACGCCCGGGUCUCACAGUACGAGUCCUGGAUCAGCAGCACGGUCACUGGACAACAGCCGGGAUUCGUCAACAUUCAGAACACGUCGGUUCUCGUAACAGUUUCAACGGGAUCAUCAAGGGCAACAGAAGCAACAAGAGAAACAGGAUCAACAGGAGCACCAGGAGCACCAGGAUCAACAGGAGCAACAGGAUCAACAGGUGCACCAGGAUCAACAGGAUCAACAGGAGCACCACGAGCACCAGGAUCAACAGGGGCACCAGGAUCAACAGGAGCAACAGGGGCAACAAGAGCACCAGGGGCAACAGGAGCAACAGGAGCAACAGGAGCAACAGGGGCACCAGGAGUAACAGGAUCAUCAGGAUCGGGUCACUUCAUCUCCCUGUCCAUCCCUCUGCUGCUGUCCGUCACUCCUGUUGUCUUCUCUGUCUUUGUCCUCUCCUGAGCCUCACCUGGACUGGGCAGGUUAAACCAUCAGCUGUCACACAUUCUCAUGUCGGACUCGUCAACAUAUUGACGCUUGGGCAGGGACCGUCUGUGUCCAGUUUUGAUGCGUCAGGUACCUCCCACGCGUCCGUCCUUGCUGCCUCGGCUUUUCCGGGUUGCGUUGCUUAGGGGUCUUUUGGUCGGGGUCUGAGGUUAACGUGAGGGAUACUGGGGUCAGGGAUAGGCUGUAUAUAGCUAAUAUAGGUUAAAUUUAGGCUCUGGGACAGUUACUUCUCGCAAAUUCUCUACACUUAAAAAAUGGUUAAUAUGAGGGAUCAGGGUUAAUGGUUAAUUUUAGGGUCUGUGGUCAGGGAUAGGCUGUAUAAGGCUAAUAGAAAUUAAAUUUAGGGUCUGGGAUGAUUAGUUUCCUGCAUUUCCUACUCUUGUAGAAAAAAAGGUAUGACGACGCGCUCAUCCUUCUCCGCUUCGUCUCGUAAAGAACGGAUGCGCGGGGACUAAUCGGCAUGUCUGAAAGUUGACGCAGACAGUUACCCGACCAAGUGUCAAUAUGUUGACGCGGGGGGCAUGAGAUGAUUAUCAGUUUUUGUUCUGUUGUUGCCAGUUUGUUACAUAAAACAACCUGUAGAGCAGUGGUUCUCAAUAUUUUUUAGGCCAGCGCCCCCCUAGCCAUGAUUGAGGACCCCUAACU